UGCCUGCCAGGGAGUUGGACUCUGCGGGCACGUGAGUUGGGGAGCGGAACGGUGGGAAGAAGCCGACCGGGCCGGCGGGAUCCGGCUCGCGGCUGAAGGACCUCCUCCUCGCCACAGGCCCUUCAAGUUCAAUCCCCGGUUGGUGUUUUGUUGUGGUUUGUUUUCGUUUUCUUGGCGGGGGAGUGUGUGGGACUGUUCUGCCCGCACCACCGGCUACCGAAAAGUUCCACACGUUGGGGUGCAGCGGAGGCGGACGUUGCUUGGGGAGAUACGAUUGUCUUUAUCCACAGCUUCUGUGACCCCUGCUUUCCUCCACAGCCCUCGUCGCGCAGGGGUUCUCCCCCGCCCUCUCACCUCCUGUACCCGACCUUCUGGGGUCUCUUUCUUCCCCAGGAGGCCAUGGAUACCUCGACGCCUUUGCCUCCUGUAGCCCCCUCCCCAGCCUGCAACCCAGCCCCACGGACGAUCCAGAUCGAGUUCCCUCAGCACAGCUCUUUGCUGCUGGAGGCCCUGAACCGCCACAGGCUGGAGGGAAAGUUCUGUGACGUCUCUCUCCUGGUGCAGGGCCGCGAACUGAGGGCCCACAAAGCAGUGUUGGCCGCCGCUUCUCCCUACUUCCACGACAAACUACUUCUGGGGGAUGCACCGCGUCUCACCCUACCCAGCGUUAUCGAAGCCGAUGCCUUCGAGGGGCUGCUCCAGCUCAUUUAUUCGGGGCACCUCCGUCUGCCCCUGGAUGCUCUCCCUGCGCACCUUCUUGUGGCCAGUGGCCUGCAGAUGUGGCAAGUGGUAGAUCAGUGCUCAGAGAUCCUUAGAGAACUGGAAAACGCAGGUGGUGGGAUUUCAUCCCGAGGAGCAGCCCCUUUCCACACACUUCUUUCCACCACAGGAGGCUGGUGCAUCCGCUCUUCUCCUUUCCAGACCCCGGCACAGUCUUCUGCUUCUAACCAGAGCUCGAUUGGAGGGGAGGGGAGUGAACUGGGAGAUAUAUUACAGCUUCAGGUUGAAGAGGAAGAUGAGGAAGAAGAUGAGGAGGACCAAGGGUCAGCAGCACCCUGUCAGACUCCUCAGCCUCAGAGAGGAUCAGGGAGUUUUCCUCGCCCUCCUGUAUCCCACCCCCUGCCCACAUCCACUAUUCCUUGCAGACUUCCAGAGGGCGAGAGUGCCCCACCUGAGCCUCCUGCUCCUCAUACUGCAUUGCCCCCCAAAAUCUUCUACAUCAAGCAGGAACCCUUUGAGUCCAAGGAGGAGAUAGCUGGAGGUGGAAGUCAGUCUGUAGGAGCAAAGGAGGAGACCAAAGUGUUUCCAGCAGGGAACACUGAAGAGAAUGGAGAACUAGGGUUCCUACUUCCCGCAGGAGCAGGGACAACAUCUGGAGGAGGUGGUCCAUCCUGGAAACCAGUGGAUCUUCAUGGGAAUGAAAUCCUAUCAGGGGGUGGGGGACCUGGGGGAGCAGGGCAGGCUGUGCAUGGGCCUGUGAAGCUAGGUGGUGCACCCCCUGCAGAUGGAAAACGCUUUGGUUGUUUGUGUGGGAAACGCUUUGCAGUGAAGCCAAAGCGUGACCGGCACAUCAUGCUGACCUUCAGCCUUCGACCCUUUGGCUGUGGCAUCUGCAACAAGCGUUUCAAGCUGAAGCACCAUCUGACAGAGCAUAUGAAGACGCAUGCUGGAGCCCUACAUGCCUGUCCUCACUGUGGUCGCCGGUUCAGAGUCCAUGCCUGUUUCCUUCGCCAUAGGGACCUCUGCAAGGGUCAGGGCUGGGCCACUGCUCACUGGACUUACAAGUGAUUGCUAAGGCCAUAUUGCUAACUUUCAGGACAAGGGAGCCACUACUGCUGAUGGAUACUUAUUACCCCUCACUACCACAGUACCCUAAUCCUGUAUCUUGAUGUUGGUGUUGGUGGUUUUUCCUUGGCCAUACCUCGUAGCAUGCUACCAGGGAUUGAACCUGCACCCCUGCAGUAGACAGUGCAGAGUCCUAACCACUGGACUAGCAGCAACGUCGUAUCUUGUUAAUUAUUCCACAAGGAUAGAUAUAUUAUGGAUCUCUUCUUGGGUGUGGGCCUCAACCUGACAGAUUUGAAAACCUGAUUUCUCAUUUCCAGGUUUUUGCUAACUAUCCUCCGGGAAACUGGUUUACAGGCCCUAGACAUACUGAUCAGUUGCCUGUAAUUGAUCCUUUCAUACAGGAAACUGGAUUAAAUUUCAGAUUAGAAGUUUUAUUUGAUGAGAGAGGAGUUAGAGCAAGAAAAAUUAUGAUAAAUGUUUAAU